AAUGUAUUUGUAAUGUUGUAUAAUAAUCGUUUUAAAUUAGUAUGUCCGGUAUAGAGGUCAGUAGUGUGACGUCAGUAUAUAUCUAUUACCUGACUGGCUAUUGGGGUUGGCGCGCGAUACCUUUGUUUGACAAGGUAGACGAGAGAGCGACGACAACGACGACUGCCAAGGAAUGUAAGUGAGGUAUAAACACGAUUUCUCGAUUCAAAAAACUAACCUGUCGAUCUUUUCUAUUUGUACUUUCACCUGUCCGGCGUACGGUAUUUUUCCGCGAGCGGUAUCUGAUAUUAUUUGUACGGUAUUUUACAUUAUUUUAAAUAAAACAUGCAUGUGUUCGUACGCGGGGUUUACCUGAGUGACCGCCAUUACACCCGCCGGUACGAUUGUGUUUAUAUUCCAUAUCUUAUUAUUUGUAUCGUUUAUGUUUACAGAGUUGAAUACGUGUACAGACUAAUAUAUGAGCCGGAGAUGUUGUAAUGCCUUCUGCCACACAGAGGACAUCUUGUGGAGUUGUUCAUAAUUCAAUGGCAACUACGGUAACUACGCUACAGAAAUAGAAAGAAACAACAUUUUUUAAGGGGAAAUAUGCAUCAGCCAAUAACGGAACAUGUACUCGAUUCUUUAGGAGAUGAUGGGCUCUAUCAUGAUGAGGGUAUCACAGAUGGCCAAAAUAUAACGAAUAAUGGACCUUUAUGUUUGGAUCAGAUUAUGAAUAGCUUUGAUGACGAAAGCAUCGGGAAAGAAAAUCUGAAACAUGUGGUUCAGGAACUUCGACGUCAUCUGAUUAGAUGUCUGGAAAUACAUGUAGCUUCAGAUGAUAACGUGUGGGGGACAUUUCUUCUUAUCAUGUCAAAAUUGGCGUCCAUUCAACUGUCAUUGUUGAAGAAUGCCGAAGAUAUGACAGACAUCAUUAAUUUCUUAAAGAGGGAAAAAUUCAGGAAAUGCCACUUUCGGGCUUAUUCCUGUCUAAUGAAAACUGUUAGACAAAUUGAUUUUCGUUAUUCCAGAGGUGUUGGCCCGCUUUACAAUAAAAUUGUAAAGUUAGACAAGCAGUACAGAGAAAGUGUAAAGGUUCAAAUUACAUCCCAGGAGGAAAAGAAUCAAAUGACAGGGGACGGCGAUGAAAGAAUAUCCUUCACUGCCAGUCCUGCUGUUACUGACAUAGAAGAUGCCAUUAGCUCAGGGGAGGACGACGACGAUAACGACGUCUUCUGUCCUUACGCAUCUGCUCAUUUUCUUGGAAUGAUAGAGGCAAAUGGACGCUACAUCUACGGAAGCAAAAUGUACGAGCGCGUUUCAUUGGGAUCUACAAACUGCGGCGGAUUUAAAAGGUCCAUUAACAAACGGAUAAGAAGCAUAACCAUAUAGAGCACGCGGUGUUUCCAUGAGGUCAAAACGUUGCUUAGAGAAACAAUGACAUAGUUUGGGAGAAGAUAUAAUUAGUAUAGUAUAGUAAUUGUUCCUGCUAAUUGUAAUCUAUAUCAUUCAUUUUGAGUGCGCCAAUUCACCAAUGCACCAAACUGUUUAAGUUUUAUAAUGCGCUAAAAUCUGUUUACAUGUUAUCAUAGUUUGAAAGAAAGUAGGUGAUCGCGUUUAACAAAAGCAUAGUAAGAUGGCAAAGUAUGAACCACAAUCUUGUUUUGGACAAAACAUUAAAAUGAAACUAAUUUAAUAUUAUACACGUUCUCUCAUAGACAAAUCAACCUAUUUCUUCAAAAUGUUGUAGGUGUGGACCCGAUACCUAUGAUGAGAAAAGGUUGGAAUGUUAAGUAAAUUAAUUUAUGCGUAAAUUUAGCAUAAUUUACAAAACAAAAUGAAGGAUAUUAUGAUAUUUAAUGGUUUGGUCUGAAUAAAAGCUGACUGUACCGUGAUAACAGAACAGAAAAUACAUGUCUCUGUUAAACGCUGUGAUGAUACUAAUAUGUUAUAUUUUGUAAUAUUUAUAAACAAUGUCAUAGCGUGUAAAUAUGGAUUUCUUAAAAAUACGUUAAUUUAUGCAAGUUGAAACUUUAUUAUGAAUAAUUAUUAAAAAGUAUAUGUUUUCAUAUUAGAAUGU